GCGCAGAAGCAGCAGAGUAAUUUGUUGAUAUCCUGCUUGGUAGUAAUCAUUUAGACGUUGCUAUUUCAAAGGCAAAUUUAUCCCCAACGUCGGGGUUUGGUUUGCAUUGGGCAGCACAGUUAACUAGAACGUUAUCUAUAUGUCGGGCUGAUGGAAGACACUAGAGAUUUGGCCGAACGCACCCCACGUUCAGAGCGCAAGCGGAGAGACUCGUUCGGGAUGUUUGAUGGCUACGACAGCUGCAGCGAGGAGUCCACCAGCAGCUCCAGCUCAGAGGACAGCGAGGAUGAGGUGGUGCCCUCCAUCCCUGCCAGCCUGCCCAUCAUCAAGAACAAUGGCCAAGUCUACACCUACCCCGAUGGCAAGGCUGGAAUGGCCACUUGUGAGAUGUGUGGAAUGGUUGGAGUACGAGAUGCUUUUUACUCCAAAACCAAGCGCUUCUGCAGCGUGUCCUGUUCUAGGAGUUAUUCCUCAAACUCCAAAAAAGCUAGCAUCUUGGCGAGACUCCAGGGCAAACCACCAACAAAAAAGGCAAAAGUCUUACAGAAACAGCCUCUUAUGGCAAAGUUGGCAGCUUACGCCCAGUACCAAGCAAGUCAGCAGAACCAGGCCAAAUCAAAAGCUGUGGUCCCUGCGGAGAGCUUCGACUGGGGUCGGUAUAUCUGUAGCAAUAACACGGCCGGAGCUCCAGUCAGCUGUUUUAAGCACGCUCCCAUGGGGACAUGCUGGGGAGACAUAGAGGAAGGAGUGAGGAUUGAAGUGCUUAACUCUGACACCAACCUCUCUACUAAGGUGUACUGGAUAGCAGAAAUCAUUAAGCUAGCAGGGUUCAAGGCUCUCCUGCGGUAUGAGGGCUUCGACAACGACACCAGUAAGGACUUCUGGUCUAAUCUCUGUAUCCCUGAGGUGCACCCGGUGGGAUGGUGCGCCUCAAGCGGCAAACCCCUCGUACCUCCAAAAAGCAUACAGCAUAAGUACUCUAACUGGAAAGCCUUUCUUGUGAAGCGUCUCACUGGAUCUAAAACACUGCCACCUGACUUUAAUGGCAAGGUACACGAGAACUUGCAGUUCCCCUUUAAAAAGCUGAUGCGGGUAGAGGUGGUGGAUAAGAACUACCUGUGCCGGACACGGGUGGCGCUGGUGGAGCAGGUGAUCGGGGGUCGCCUCAGGCUGGUCUACGAGGAGAGUCAGGACCAGUCAGACGACUUCUGGUGUCACAUGUUCAGCCCCCUCAUCCAUAAUAUAGGCUGGUCCCGCAGCAUCGGGCACCGCUUCAAACGAUCCGAUAUUGCAAAGAAAAUUGAGGGUCAAGUUGACGCUCCUGCACAGUUCUUCCAGAAGGUGAAAGAUGUGGACCAGAGCGGGGAAUGGUUCAAAGAUGGGAUGAAGCUAGAAGCCAUCGACCCCCUCAACCUCUCAGCUAUAUGUGUAGCCACUGUAAGAAAGGUCUUGGCAGACGGGUACCUCAUGAUCGGGAUUGAUGGUUCGGAGGCAGUGGACGGAUCAGACUGGUUCUGCUACCACAGCACGUCCCCCUCUAUCUUCCCCGCCGGCUUCUGUGAAAUCAACAACAUUGAACUCACGCACCCUAGAGGGUACACUAAACUGCCAUUUAAAUGGUUUGACUACCUCAGAGAAACGGGUUCAAUAGCUGCUCCUGUCAAGCUCUUUAACAAGGAGGUUCCCAAUCACGGUUUUCGGCAAGGCAUGAAGCUGGAAGCUGUUGAUCUAAUGGAGCCACGGCUGGUGUGUGUUGCCACGGUGACGAGGAUUGUGCACCGGCUACUGAGGAUCCACUUUGACGGCUGGGAAGAUGAGUAUGACCAGUGGGUGGACUGCGAAUCACCUGACCUCUACCCUGUGGGCUGGUGUCAGCUGACAGGCUACCAGCUCCAACCCCCCGCCUCACAGAGUAACAGGGAAAUGCCUCAAUCUGUACCCAAGCAGAAGAAAAAGGCCCAGCAGUACAAAGGCCAAAAGAAAAAGAGGAAGAUUCCGGUUGGUCGACGGCCCUUCAGUCAGGCAGGCAGGAGGAGGAGCAGCUUCUCGGGGGACGAAGAGCAGAGUCCACCCCCUUACCCUUCCCAGGGGCCCACUCGGCCCCGACCCCGAACCCACCUCCACCAAACCCACAAAUCAGAGUCUCUCCUGCGGAUGAAAGAGGAGACGGCCGAGGUGGACGAGUUCACCUUCUCACAGGGCACAUCCGACCAGGAGAGCAACGGCUCGGGCAGCUACUACAUCAAACAGGAGCCCUAAGGUCAUGAGGUCGGAACAGCAGGACCAACCCGGGUCAAGACACACCUCUGGAAAAAAAACCCCAACCCAGCGAGGAUCAGGAAUGCGGGGAGUCAAACUAGCCUCGAUUCCCACUCAGACCAAUGCCACAGGCCUUCUAUGGAGUCCGUACAGCAGAUUGCGGUGAUGAGGAGAAAGGGGUGGCUUUCAUGCUUUUGAAUUGAACAUCACUCUGAACAGUUUUCUAACCUUGUAGCUGCGUGUGCACAUAAUCACUCUCAAAAACCUGUAUGAUGGAGGGCUUGGAAAGCACCCGGGGACGGGCCUGGGUCACAUACGUUUGGGCAUUCUCUUUCGUACCGCCCUCAAUCUCUCCUCUCCAGUCGGAAACAUCCCGACCACACCGGAUCUCGGAUGGAUUAAAACACACAACCCUUUUUCUACAGAAAUGGGGGGGUCCUGCAAGUCGACAUCAGCCCACCCUGCCUCUGCCACAAUCUGGGCCACGCACAGAGACCUGUAGAAACUGUGAGAACCAUUUAUUGAGCCAGGUCUUCACUUUUUUUUUUGUUUUGUUCGUUUCAGUUUGUUUUCAGGUCAGAGUGUCAGCCACUGAACGGGCCGAGGUGAGAAGAGAGGCUGGCAGCGAGAAGGACAGUGUUGUGUAUAUUUUGAUUAUUUUCUUCUGAACAAUAUUGCCAGGUGGACUUUUACUUUGUUAAUAGUACUUGAAUAUUUUUUUUCCUUUAUUUUGUAAUGAUUUUGGAGUUGUUUUUGUCUUAAUGUACUUAUUUUUGCAUUUACGUUUUUGGUGGCUGUGUGGGGAAACUUAAUGUGCAUUGUUUGAUAAAAGUGAUUAUAUUCAUAUAGUAUGUGGAGACCUAUUCAAAUAGAACUACAGAGUAUAGAUAUUAAGGAUUGUGAUUCGAAGAGAAAUCUUAGUACUGAUAUUGAUCUUUUUUUCUUUUCCAAUAUUGGACAGAAGAUUUCCACAGCUGCAUUAAUUUCUGAUUCAAACAUUACUGAAGCAAAGUCACCAAAAUGAAACUAUCGAACUCUGAUAUUUUAAUUAUGGAUACAUUCUUCAAUGAUUUGUUGAUUCAUACUUUGGAACAUAGUGACAAAUGCCCAUAAGAAAGUAUUUAGCUGGCAAUGAUAUAAUACAGAAGAGCAGCCUUAUCCUUACGUUUGAGAAGCUGGAACUAGCAUCUUUUGGGGCAUAAAUAAAUUAUUAAUAUUAUUGGUGAAUUCUUUUAAUUUAUGGAUUAAUUGUUUCAGCUUUAAGAUGUCCACAUUAAAGCUGCACCUGCUGCCUUUAGAAGGGCUGUUUGUUUUUUGUUUUGGUGUAGUUCCCCUCUAUUAUGUGCCAGUUUACGUACAUUAUGUACAUUAGAGUGAUUGGAUGUAAAAUUUAAAUUGACAUGGUGCAGCUUGAAACAGUAAUACACCUUUACCAUUGUUUUAUUUAAUUACAGAAAUCCUCCUGCACAUUCCAUUGGGCCUUCACUAACACUGUACGGAUUGUACAUCCUAACGUCCUUCAGCUAUGUUAGGUUGGCAUUGUGGGGAAUAUCUGGUAUCCACAUUUUGAGCUACACUGCCCCCCAAAACUCCCCCAUACACAACCUUUCCUUCCCGGUCCAGCUGGUAAACCUGCCUUUAGGUUACUAUACAUAAGCCAGGAUAAGCUUAAUCAAAAGAGCACAUAUCUAAUGAGGUAAUAGUGUUGGGUGGCUCCGAUAGCUCAAUGUGGAGCUUUAGGGACCUAUUACAGUAAUCACAGCUCCCACAAUGCCACUAACUGUGGAUUAGCCAUUUUCUGCCUUGUACGAGUUUCCAUUAUGAAUAUGUGAGGGGCUUUGUGUUGUAAUGUUUAACAGAAAUUAUGAAGCUGUGGAGAUAAGGUUUUCAGUUUAAAAAAAAAAAAAAAACUCACCUUAGUUUUACAGACAUACUAAAUGGGAAACAAAUGAGCAUAGUGUGACUGUAAGUGAGCAGCAGGGUAUGUUAAUAGUAUAAAAGAGAAACCUUACUGGUAUGAUAGGGUACAGUCUGACAUGUUCCCACUGUCCAACCCUACAAUAUGACCUUUACAGUUUGGAUGUAGCUGCUGUCAGGGAGGAAGCUCAGCUGACCAAUGUUGGCCUCAUAUCAGCCGGACUGUCCAGGAUAUUAAAAUGUUGUGGAUGCUGGCAGAUGCAUUACUUACAUAUAAAGGUUGCAGUACAGCAGUGAUUCAGAUUGCAGAUAUCAGGUGUUUCUGUUCUGCUUUGGACCACAUCUGCUGUAUUUAUACCCAGAGGGUACACAGGUAUCCAUCUGGAACUCAAGUAUACAGAGUCUGGAGUAUGCCACCAGAAUGAUUUUACAUUUAUUCAGUGUUGAUUUAUUGCCAAUUAAUACUUUAAAAAAGCAAUUAGGGUUGGAUUUUUUUAUGUAGAAAAAGCAUUAAACCAAAAAUUACAUAAUUGAAUUAAUAUUAAUUUUUUCUUAGUUUGUAAAGUCAAUUAUAAAUUAAUAAUUGAGUUUUUCAAAUGCAAUGGUAGAAUAUUUUUUUUAUUCAAAGAAAGAGUAACACACAUAAUGCCUUUAUGUAGUGCCUCUAUCUACAGGAACUCUAAUUUGCUGUCAUGUGUUUAUAGGACUCUGGCCAAUCAGACACACCUCUGUGUCUCUAUAUGUCAUAUUAAGUUGCACACUGCUUACACAACUGUAAAUUAAAGUAUUAUGUUAAGUAAAUGGAAUAACAAAGUAAUAUUGAAAAUCUUUUUGAAAAAUAAAUUAGGGAUUCCAUAUAUAACCAAUUACUAAUUUAAAACAUAAGAUACCUUUUUAAGAUAUCUGUAUUAGUAUAUAGAAUUAUUAUUUGCCUGAUUUAAUGAUCUUAAGUUGCUUUAAAAAAAGAUAAAUGUAUUAAUUGAAUAUAAUGAAACACUGAAAACGUGGCACACUCGAGCCUCCAUACAGUCAGCAUUUGUAGCGUCAAACUUUGGUUUCUGUGAUUGAAAAUAAGAGGUUGGACUUUAGAGGAAAGCAGGAAAAUCUGCCUUGGUUAAACAGUCUCAUAAUCGAGCAGUUUUGUCGUCCACAUGCGAAAAAUAAGUUAAAUGUUUUAUUAGGGUAAUAUGCAAAGCAUUAGUGUUUCUAUUGCUUAGGUUGUUCUCAUGUCAGAGCCAUAUGUAUGCAAGCUAGUUUAUGAUUCACCUGAGCCACAGAAUAACAGGUUUGUUGUUAAUAAUGAAACAUGAACAAUGCACUGCUUUUAAUAGUCUCUGAGGGCAGCAUUCACAUAAGACGACAGGAUCUAAAAGUGGCAUAAAUAUAUAGAUUCUAUAUAUAUAUCUCUAUUCUUCAUGACUAUGAUGGUAUGGAGUAACAAAUCCAGAUUAGUCAGAAAUCCAUGCUUGGCCUUGGAAAAGACAAGACUCCUCCUUUCAUUCUUCUUCGAGCUAGACUUUUGCAGCUGUUUAUCUACUACCUCCUGAUGCUAGCCACGUUUAGCUAAAAACAAGCGUGUGAAAUAGACUAUAGCAGUGUGUUAGCAUAUGCAAAUGAAAAUGAUUACCUAAAAAUGAUCCACUUGAAGACUAGACACCAAACAUGGAAGAAUUUUAUCACAGCACAUGAGGUAGUCUUCUAAUUUGAAUGAUGCAAUAAUAAUAGAUCCCAUAUUAUUUUGCUAUGUGAAAUAAACUUAUAGCACCCUCAAAUGUCAUGAUCACUACAUUAAUAUAAUUAACAUAUGAGAUAAUUUAACAAAAUUGUAUUGUAUCUGUGAUUUUUGUGAGCAAGGGUUCAUAUACAGAAUACUCGGUGUAUGACCAAAGGCUGUAUUGAAAUGCAGAGCGGAUUUAAGAUUCUCAGUGACGGUAAAAGAUCCAUAAUUUCUCUUUCUACCAGUAAGGUUCAUGAUUCAAUUCUCAGGAAGUUUGUGUUUCUUUACUUUGUUUGGUUGUAAGGGUCGUAACUACAAGUCUGAAUCGGCUGUUUAAAAGCUCAAAUGCGUCUUCAUUAUGUGCAUCUCUGUACGGAAGCAAAUAAGUGCUGUAAUCACUAGAAUCUGUUAAGCGACUGAAAUAGUACUUUUGUCAUUUAAGUGGUUUUAAUUCCAGUCUUUGAAAUUUUCAAUAGGUAAUUUCAAGUGGUACAAUAUAAAACAGUUUUAAUAUAUAUAUAUAUAUAUAUAUAUAUAUAUUGUUUUAAGCAAUUAUUUGUUUCAGUUGUAUGUUCAUGGUUCGCAAUUUCAUGGAUGGAGAAAACCGUAUUCUAGUUCAUUUUAAACGUAAAUCCUGUGUGCCUUCAUUAUAAUCUUAAACAAGAGUAUUAUCUUGUGCUCACAAAUUAUUAUGUUAAAUAAUAAUUAAUUAUUUAAUAAAUAAUCUAUCUAAUCUUAUCUCUUUCAGGAGGUCAGGGCUCUGAAAAUUAGUCAAAUUUUAAAAGUCAUCUAAAAAUUGAAGUCAGUUUGCUCAGAUUUGCUUGGUGAAAUUCAGAAUGGGAGUUCAGGAAGUCCCAAAAGAUGUACUUUUUAACUUGUAAGCAAAAAAUAAGUAAUAAAAAAAAAUUUUGGGACUAGAAGUUUUAUCAACCUUUCCAUAGUUUAUUGAAUAUUUGACACUUGGAUUUUGUUCAAAUCAAAUGUUUGAAAUUGCACCAUUUGAAAUGACUUAAAAUCAUUUUUAAAGACGAUGAUUCAAAUCGCAGAAAAUCAAAUUCAUGGUUUUCAGAGUAAAAUAUAUUGAUGCUAGAAAUGUAGUGGUAAUUUCAACAUUAAGUAUUCAGUUGUAUUCAGGUAGUUGGUUGCUUUCAAGAUUCUAAUAGGGCGCUUAAUGGCUUCCAUAUUAUUCAAACAACGAAGGUCUUAUCUCACUUACAAUUUCAUGUAUUUGUGUCCGUGUUUUGUAGCUUUUUAAUGUGCUCAUGUUAAAUUCUACGUUUGAGUGAUGUCACAAACACACAGAUGUUUGUUGAUUUGUUUGGUUUGAUUUGCUUUUUGUAGCUUCCUGGUUUUCCUUGUAUUUCUGAACGGGGUGUGAGAUUUGUUUUCUACCAGUUUCCUCUUUGAUUUGUCUUCUGAUCAGAUUGGACACAAAGCUCAGCUGAAUCACUAGGCUUCUCAGACCAAAUGAGCAAUAAAAGACAGUCUCACAAUCAUUUGAGGCGGAUCGGUUUCAGGUUAGUUAUUUUCCUCUGAUGUCGGAAGGCAGAAUGAAGCAUUAAAGUACUUCAUGACCAAACUGCAUUAAUUAUCUUAGUACAAAAAAAAAAAAAAAGACUGUUCUAUGGACUAACUGCUGCUAACCUACUCUAUAUUAACCCUAAAUAAUCAAAUGCACAAUCAACACUGUUUUGGAUUUUCAGUUUCUCACUUUUCCUUGUAGAUAUUAAACUUUCUUGUUUCACCUUGAUCCCCAAAUCUAAAAAUGGAACAAGUUUGACCUCCAUCCACGGGUAGCUGUGUAUUUAAAGUGUUUGGGCAUCAGUAGCUGGAGGUGGAAGCAAUGAGUUGAUUUGGGAUUGGGCGCACUGAUCAACUGAAUGCAUGUAGAACAGAACGCGUUGUGCCGAUGUUGUGCUGAGCUUGUUUUGGGUUUUUUUGUGACCGUCAUUGGUUGUUCUUUAGUCCGUCUGUGUUUUUCCUCCUCCACUGUGUUUAGAAAAUGUAUGGAAGCAUAUUACUGCCAAGUAAAGAAAAAAAAAAAACUUUCCAAUUUUAGACAUGAUAAAAAAUACUCGUGUUGAAUCCAAUUUUUUAAAUAAAAUGAUCAGAUACUAAGUAGAGGCUUUGUCCUACUAAGGCAAAAUUACAAUACAGUCAAAACCUUGUCUGCUUUUAUAUAUUUAGUAUCACUAACUUUAACUUUUGACUAAUUAGACUCACUAUCAUUGUUUUGACAUAUUAUUUCAUGAUUUAAGGUAAAAGUCUUUUAUUAGGGUAAUAACAAACCUAUCUUAUAAUUUUUAAAGCAAGUUUUAAUUAUUCAGUUAAAGUCCAAAUGUUGACAUAUCUAAUAACUGGCUUCAAUUUUUGACUUGCUAUGUCAUCAUUUUGACCACCAUGAAUACUUCUUAUUUUCAUCGUAUAUUUUUUCUUUCCGUGGCGUUAAUUGGCUUCAUUAGAAAGGCUGUUGUUGCUGCCACUUGUAGGCAGUGCUGAGGAGCAGGCCGGAGUUGGAUAUUUGUUUUUUUUCUUGGAUACUAACACGGGUCUUUUGUAUGUGAUAUGCCCCCUCCCCUCCCCUCCCCUGAUUAUAUUAAACCAUUAUAUUGUGGUGCUAUAUAUAUUUGAUAAAAAUGACUAAAUGUAUUUGGAUAACUAUUGUCUGAAAAUAAUUGUGAGUUGAGAAGGUUAUGGUGCAAAAUUUAUUUUGGAUACAAAUGAAAAAAAAAAUCUAUGUUAAUAAUUAUAAAUCUAUUGAUAUUAACACUGACCCCCUGAGGUACAUUAUUAGAUUGCAGUUUAAAGUUUGUACAUCUUUUUGAUAGUGUAUACCAGUUUCCUUUCAUAUGGUAAAUUUGUGCUGUGAUCAAGCUUUGAUAGACUUUGUAAAUAAAGCCAAAUGUUUGGAUCAUAAUAUUGGUUGUAAUGAACGGCUUCUUUGUUUACAAGCAUUGCAAACUGUUUCCGCAUGGCUGUGAAAGUUUAUCUGGUGAUUUUUGUAAGAUCUGACUUUUACACUGAAUAAAAAGGCUUAUGACAUCGGA